UCCACGCGUGUAACCUGGACAGACACCAAAUUUUAGGAGACUUCACACAGGGAUCAUACCUCACUGCAUGCACUCCUUUUCUUUAUCAGUGAGCCUUGUUGAAUGAAGAGAUGCGGUGGUGUGUGCUAGUGCUAGCCACAGUUGCCUUGUGCCCGGCCACAGCCAGUGAGAAGAUGGGGUCCAGUGAUCCGGUGGAUGUGAGCUCGUUCACUGCAGCUGAGAGCUCCAGGGUGAGCGGCACCUCUGGACCGGGGCUCCGCGGCUGCCCUGGCCGCUGUCGGUGCGAAGUGGACGGACUGCUGCACCGGGUCGAUUGCUCGGACCUGGGACUCCAGAGAACACCAAGCAAUAUCAACGUGUUCACUUCUUACCUGGAUUUGAGCAUGAAUAAUCUGACCACAUUGUCCAGUGGAGACUUUUCCAAUUUACACUUCUUGGAGGAACUGCGCCUUGCCGGGAAUGAUCUUUCUUUCAUACCAAAAGGAGCAUUUAUGGGUCUCUAUAAUCUCAAGGUCUUGAUGCUUCAGAACAACCAGCUCAGGUCGGUCCCAGACGAUGCCUUCCACGAUUUGCACAACCUUCAGUCUCUACGUCUGGAUGCUAACCACAUCUCCAAUGUUCCCGCUGGGUGCUUCUUGGGCCUCAGGUCUCUUCGACACCUGUGGUUGGAUGAUAACUUACUCACUGAGGUCCCUGUGGCUGCUCUUAGUGAGUUACCUGCUCUGCAAGCCAUGACACUGGCCCUGAACCAAAUCAGUUAUAUCCCAGACCAUGCAUUUAGCAAGCUGAGCCGACUGGUGGUCCUGCAUCUCAACAACAAUAGGAUCGUUUCCAUGGGGACAAACUGCUUCCACGGGCUGCACAGUUUGGAGACGCUAGAUUUAAACUACAACUCUAUGAUGGAGUUCCCUGUUGCCAUUCAUUCUCUGAAGCACCUUAAAGAGCUUGGAUUUCAUAGCAAUAAUAUCCAGUCCAUCCCAGAGCAUGCUUUCACAGGAAACCCAUCACUGAUGACAAUAUUUUUUUAUGACAAUCCAAUUGAGUCUGUUGGUCGCUCUGCUUUCCAGAACCUCCCAGAACUACGAACAUUAUCUCUGAAUGGAGCAGGAAAUCUUACAGAGUUUCCCUAUCUGACAGGAACUGCAAGUUUGGAAAGUCUAACCAUCACUGGAACGAAGAUUACCUCACUACCUCCAUCAGUUUGUGACCAACUCCCAAACCUUGAGCUGCUUGAUCUCUCAUAUAAUCAGCUCCAGACCCUGCCCGUCUUCUCUGGCUGUGAGAGCAUUCAGAGCAUAGAUCUACACCACAAUGAAAUAAAAGAGCUGGAAGAGAACACCUUCCACGGCCUGAUGUCACUGCACUCGCUUGAUUUGUCCUGGAACAAACUUUCAUCUGUGAAGCCAAACUCCUUUUCUGCCCUCCCUGCACUGACCAAACUUGAUCUAUCCUCCAAUCACAUUGUUGCCCUGUCUCUGACCAGCCUGUAUGCUCUGACUCACCUACGUUUGUCUGGAAAUGAUCAACUAAUGGAGCUGAUUCCACGAGAGACCCUGCCCAGAGUCAGAGUGAUGGAGUUACCUUAUGCUUUCCAAUGCUGUGCCUUUGUCUCUUGUGAACAACAAGCAGCAGAGUCAACCUGGAGAAGAGAGAAUGUUGACAGAGCAGUGGCUGAGUCUGGAGACACUAUGUUCAUUUCCAACCAAGUUGAUCAUGACUGGGAAGAUUUUCUAAUUCAGUUUGAUGAUGAACCAAAACUUCACCAGACGGUGCAUUGCAGCCCCACACCAGGACCUUUCCGUCCCUGCCUCCAUCUUCUUGGAAGCUGGCUGAUCCGAGGAGGAGUGUGGCUGAUUGCAGCUAUCUCAUUGGUCAGCAACUGUCUUGUUGUUUCAUCCAUCUUCCUGGCCCCGGUCUCAAUGGCCACCCCUUCUAAGUUGCUAAUUGGCUUGCUGGCCCUGGUCAAUGGUCUUUUGGGCGUGUGGAGUGGAUGGCUGGCUGCAGUGGAUGCCUGGACUUAUGGCAAUUUCUGGAGGUAUGGCACUGCAUGGGAGAGCAGCUAUAUGUGUGAACUCAGCGGCUUCUUGUACACCUUUGGCUCACAGACCAGCAUAUUUUUGCUCACCGUUGCAGCUUUGGAGCGAUGCUUGACUUUCAGCACUGGUCAUCACAAAGUACAAAGACAAAGUGGUGGCCUUUCUUCACCUGCACUCUCAAUACGACUUGCCAUAUUUUUGUGCUUCCUGCUGGGCUUGGCUAUUACACUGCCCCCCCUGGUGGCUGGACACAGCAGCACCUCGCUCUGCUUGCUGUUGCCCUCCUCUACAUCUUCUGCCUCUGUGGCCUUCUCAGUGUUCCUAGUGCUGUUGGACUCUCUGUGCUUUCUACUGAUGAUUCUGGCCUACGCACGUCUCUACUGUCAGACCAAUAAGUCACUCCCCAUUUCUGAAGAGGACGGGGCACUGACUCGACAUGUGGCGUGGGUGCUCUUCUCAGACUGCCUCCUCUUCCUCCCAGUGGCGUUCCUCUCAUUCUCUUCACUUCUUCACCUCCCGGCCGCUGGACCAGAUGCUGCUAAGGCUGUGCUCCUGCUGGUGGCACCGUUACCCUCAUGCGUCAAUCCACUGCUGUAUCUCCUCUUCAAUCCACUUGCAAGAGAUGAGUUAGCGACUCUGGCGAAGCAUACUUGUGGGACCAUGAGCACACAGCUGUCCAUUAAAAACAGAGGAGCAAAAGGAACAUGCAGGUCAAGUCCAUUAGACACAAAACAUGACGAGGAUGCUGAAAAACAGUCUUGUGACUCAACCCAGGCCCUGGUAGCCAUCAGAGGAACAACAGAAGAAGAAGAGCCAGACAAUGGAAAGACUGAAUCUCAACACACAGUCAUGUUUAUUGUGCCACAUCAUUGAUCGGACACAUUUUAACAUAUCAAAACAAAUUUAAAACGUAGCAUGAUUGUUUUUAACAUAAUACAUGCAUUAAAUUAAAGGAGAUUUUACUUUUUUAAGUCCUUUGUUUACUACAGUAACAAAGCUAUUCUACUGACUCCAAAAGGGUGUUUUUGGCCUCAUCUCUCAUUAAUGUAGCAUGUUUAGUCCUGUACACCAAAGGCAAAUGAUUCUUUGCCCUAACAAUUUAAUAUUUUGUUUAACAUGAAAAAGUCAAUUGUAACACAAACAUACUGCAGCAAUGCACACAGGUGACAUAGGCGCUUCAACGCCCCCUGUGUGAAGGACAGGACAAAAUGGGCAUUCAUUUACAUAUUGACAGUUAACUCUGUUUACAUUGUUGCCUUUUGCUUUUUAUUGACAUUUGACUAAACUUUAACUGAUAUCCUAGUCUCAAGAAUUGGUCAAACAUCUGCUGCAAACUGAUGUGACUAAAUAUUUUUUUUUACCAAAACACACAGCAAAUGUUCAACCAAAUGUUUGAGUGCAAUUACUGUGUUUUUAUGUAGCUGUUAUAAGUGUGUGAAAACUGAGGAGUCUAUGUGACUUUUGUCACAUCGUUGAGCUCCAAAUGUAUUUGUAAGGGUUGUUCUCUUCUAAUUUAAAGAAAAGGUGAAACAACCCCUUUCCUCCCUAAAUGAUAAUAUCUAAGGUAUAUACAGAUGAUGUUUUGUAGGAAUGACAUUUUUCUUUGAGGGUAACUAUAUUCUGUAGUGGGCCUAUUCCAUCUAUUUGAACUGCAUACUCCAUCUGUGUCUGGUCAAUGAAUGCAAAAAAACAUAUUUUCUGUUUCCUAUUUUCUUCUAAUUUGAGCUACUGUGACAAUCCAUGUUUAUCAUUUUUUUUACCUUGUAAAUAUGAAUGUGAACCUGCAUGCAGAAGAACCACACUAUCUUUGUGGUUUGUACAAAUGCUAAUUGUACAGCCUGAUCAGAAUAGCAAAAAAGAUAAAGUUUUGAACAUUUCAUGUUGACAGCUGAAACUAAAAUGUAAAGCUGCCAAGUAGUUUAAAUGUGUUGAUGUUUCAACUGUUUGACUGUCCGCUGUGUGUGACAAUUUAGUGGCUGCACUUUACUUGUGAUCAGCACUUAAAAAGACAAUAAAAACAAACUCAAU